UUCCCUUUUGCUUUCGGGCUGCCCACCGGCCGCCCAGUUUCGUGGAGAUCCGCAAUGGGACUGCCCAACCUCCUUUCCGAUGACCGCAACUCCACUGAAUUAGAAACUUACACUUCAUGGCUGAGAAAACACCCUUGUGGUUUGGAAUCGUUUGAGAAGAUGAUGAAGGGAGCCAAAGGGAAGAAAAUUGUUUUGUUUUUGGAUUAUGAUGGAACCCUCUCUCCCAUUGUUGAUGAUCCUGAUCGUGCUUUCAUGUCUCCUGAGAUGAGAGCAGGUGUGAGAGAAGUGGCAAACUGCUUUCCAACAGCAAUAAUAAGCGGAAGGAGCCGUGACAAAGUGAAAGAAUUCGUGAAGUUGAAUAACGUGUAUUAUGCUGGGAGCCACGGAAUGGACAUUAUGGCUCCAACAUCCGACAAUGAGGUGGAGGAGGUUGCGUAUCAACCCGCCAAAAAGUUCCUGCCUGCAGUUCAACAGAUAAAGGCCGUGUUGGAAGAAGAAAUUACAGAAAUAGAAGGUGCAGUGGUGGAGGAUAAUAGAUUCUGUGUUUCUGUGCAUUAUCGACACGUCCGCGAACAGGACCUGGAGAAGUUGGAGGAGAAGGUAGAGUCUGUACUGGAAAACUAUCCAGAUUUCCAUGUAACGCAGGGCAAAAAGGUUAUAGAAAUAAGACCGACAAUAAACUGGAACAAAGGGCAUGCGGUGGAAUAUUAUCUUCAUAUUCUUGGACAUACUAAUUCUAAGGAUAUAAUUCCUGUGUAUAUUGGUGACGAUCGAACCGAUGAAGAUGCAUUCAAGGCAAUACAAAGGAGAGGAGGAGAAGGGAUUGGAAUUCUUGUAUCUUCCAUUCCAAAGCAAACAAAAGCUUGCUACACUUUGAAGGAUCCAUCUCAAGUUUUAAUUUUCUUGCAAAGCUUAGCAAGAUGGAAGCGUGCUUCUUCAAUCACAGACCCUUAAUUAUUAAGUAGUGGAGUGGAGGAGGUCAUUUUAGUAAUUAUGUAUACAAUAAUAUAGCCACUGCCCUCCUUGUAGCACAAUGUAUUUUAUAUAAUUUUGGUUGCAUAUAUGUACAUACCGCAUAGAUCAUCCCAUAGGUAUCCUAUAGAAGGAGAUAUGUUUAUGUAUGUCUUGCAAUAAAUACAAAUAUAUAUAUGUGUCA